AUGGCGGCGACGCGGGCGCAGACCGACGGCCCUCCGGCGGGGGCAAAGUGCAAAGUGAAACUGCCGAAGCUCGAGUUACAACGAUUUAGCGGCGCCGCCACGGAGUGGCAGUCCUUCUGGGAGCAGUUCGAGCAAGCGGUGCACGGAAACGACGGCCUCUCCAACGCAGAGAAGUUUUUGUACUUGCGAUCGGUGCUUUCGGGAAAAGCCGCAGCGGCCAUUGCCGGCAUUCAAGUGACUGGGGCAAAUUACACCACUGUCAUCGAACUUCUGAAAGAACGCUUCGGUCGACGAGACGUGCUGAUUCAAGACCACCUGACUCAGUUACUCGAAUUGCCACCGGUACAGAACGAAAAGGAGCACAUCGGCCUACGUCGACUCUAUGACCACCUGCAACGCAAUAUCGCUGGUCUCACGGCGCUCGGAGUCAAGACAGACAGUUACGGCGCCCUGCUCUCCUCCGCACUCCUGCGAAUGCUGCCAACGGAUCUUGUUGUCGGAUACCAUAAGGGACUUUCCGCUGCAAGCAAAGAUGACGCGAUCAGCAUCAAGAGUUUGCAAGCUUUUCUUAAAACAGAAGUAGAGAGCCGGGAAAAGGCACUGCAACCUGGUAAUCUCGCAGCCAGAGAAUCAAAACAUCGAGACAAAGAAAAGAGCAAACCUCAGAAAGGGUCAGCAGCUUCUCUCUUUUCUGCGGGUGCUUCGAAGCAGUCCAAUCCAUGUGCAUUCUGUGCUGCAAAAGAUCAUGCGACUCAAAAUUGUCAGGCGAAGAUCUCAUUGGAUGAAAAGAAGAAAAGGCUCACUGCAGCUGGCCGGUGCUUCCGAUGCUGCAUAAAAGGGCACACUUCAAGAGAAUGCCGCAACAAAAGAAUAAAAUGCAAGGAAUGUGGCAGAAGACAUCUGACUCAGAUGUGUGACCCGACAUGGAAGCCACGCGAGAAUAAAGCCACAGAGUUGCACUCUUGGACAGAAAAGAAAUCUGAAAAGGUGCCAACUGUGCUGCUCCAAACCGCUCAAGUAUGGGCAGAGGGACGAAGAAGAGCGCUCACUCGUCUACUCUUUGACGGAGGUAGCCAACGAAGCUUUGUCACUAAAAGACUUUCACGGGAACUGCAACUAGAGGUUGUAGGUGAAGAGGACAUCACAAUCUACCCAUUCGGAGGAGCAGGAAACAUUAUCAAAGAGAAGCGCAGAAGAGUAAAAAUUUGGCUAAGAAGUCAAUACGACCGUAAAGAGCACUCUAUCGAAGCUCUGGAAAUACCGGAGAUCUGCUCUGAUCGGCUUCACGUUCCUGAGGACAUCCUAAAAGAGGUGCAAGCGGACAUGGAUGAACUGGCAGACGUGACUGUUGCGCCAGCCCAUUUGAUGGGAAGCGGGAUCGACAUUCUUAUCGGUGCUGACUAUUAUUGGACUUUGGUGUGUGGUGAAGUCAAGAGGCUGCAAGGCGCACUAGUUGCGGUAAAGACCGAAUUUGGAUGGACUCUACAAGGAGCGAUUCCCAGCAGUAGCGCAGCUGCCUACUGCUCAACCGUGGCAGUGCUUCGUGCCGGAGUGUUCGCCGACACAACCAGCUUGUCCAAGGAGCUUAAAUCGUUCUGGGAACUUGAGAGCAUUGGAAUCAUCGACUCUUGUGCUCAAACGAACGAAGAAAGCGAGGAAGUCGGUACAUUUUCGGCAUCGGUAGAGAAAAAAGACAAGCGCUAUGAGGUAGCACUGCCCUGGAAACCCUUGAACAUGCAACUCGCCGACAAUAAAGCUGUUGCAAGGAAGCGCUUGACUAACCUCACGAAGAAGUUAAUCAAAGAUGAGGCGACACUGAUUAAGUAUGACGAGGCUAUCCGUCAGUACCUGGAACAAGGGUUCGCAGAACGAGUUCCAUCGCAAGAAAGCAACAACGAUGUAAGCAGAUUAUACUACAUGCCUCAUCGUGCAGUUUUUAGACCUGACAGCCUUUCGACCAAGAUUAGAGUCGUCUUUGACGCAUCUUCUCACGAUGCAGGUUGUAUAUCUCUGAACGAAGCCCUAGAACCAGGACCGAACUUGAAUCCAGAUUUACUUAAGGUUUUGCUGAACUUCAGAAUUCAUCGUAUCGGAUUAAGUGCAGACAUUGAAAAGGCAUUUCUGCAAAUUUCGGUGCAACCGGCUGAUCGCGAUGCCCUCCGAUUUCUUUGGUAUGGACAUCUUCCAACGAAGGAAGACCCAGAGCCUCCUAUUGAGGUCUGGAGAAAGACUCGUGUCCCUUUUGGCGUGACAAGUAGUCCAUUCCUCCUCGCAGCCACCGUGCGCCACCAUCUGUCCACGACAGAAGAUUAUCCAGAAAUAAGAAAAACCAUCAGCGAGAGCCUUUACGUGGACGACCUCAUAACAGGAGCGAACACAGUGGAGCAGGCUACAGAUUUCUACCGAGGGGCACUAGAUGUCAUGAAUCGAGCAAGCAUGACACUGCGUAAGUGGAACUCAAAUUCCAAGAAGCUGCAACAGCUGUUCAAUGACGAAGGAACCGGAUGCGCCCUUGGCUACAUGGAAUGUCCAACAACAGGUGUCUCACGGGUCCUCGGACUUGUAUGGGAUAAGGACAGAGAUCACCUAGCAUUUUCCAUGGAGGCCAUCUUAGAUUUCCUAGACCGAAACAGCAACACCAAACGAUUCAUACUUCAAGCAUCGGCUCGUAUAUAUGACCCACUUGGUCUCAUUUCUCCGGUCACAGUUACAACCAAGUUGAUGUUUCAAACACUGUGGGAAUUGGGUAUUGAGUGGGACGCCCCUCUGCCUGAAGAAGUAAAAGCAGCUUGGACGCAGUGGCACACCCAGUUACACCAUUUAACGGACAUAACAGUGUCAAGACGAUAUGGUAGCUUACCCAACGAUAGCUGGAAGGAAGUACACAUCUUCACAGAUGCCAGCCCCAAAGCUUACGGCGCAGUUGUAUAUUUGCGCAUCUCCGGGGUCAAGGAAGCAAAAGUUACUCUGGUCCUCUCAAAGUCCCGAGUAGCACCAAUUAAGAGAAUUUCUCUUCCAAGACUGGAAUUGAUGGGCAUGGUGAUAGGUGCUCGACUGAGGGAAUAUUUGGAGCGGUCACUGAGCCUUCCAAUAGCCAAAUGGUAUCUGUGGACUGAUUCAUCUAUUGCGCUGCAUUGGGUUCGAGGUCCCGCCCAACAAUGGAAACCCUUUGUCGCCAACAGAGUGUUGGAAAUUCAGCAGCGAUCGGACCCAGACAUCUGGAAUCACUGUUCUGGGAUCGAAAAUCCCGCCGACCUUUUGACAAGGGGAGUCACACCUAAGGCACUCAAGUCGAGCUCACUUUGGUGGAAUGGACCUGCUUGGCUUUCGAAGCCACCUACUUGCUGGCCAAGGCAUGAAGGCGCCGCUGACAUGAUCAUCGCAGAGGAGGAAAGAAGAACGCUUCGCGUUCACAACGUGACUGUAAAGGAAUCUGUCUUGCCUCUGCAGAAAUAUAGCUCCCUCUCUAGACUGGUUCGAGUGACAGCCUGGGUUUUACGAUUUUUCCACAACGCCAGGCACCCCGACCAAAAAUACGAGGGACCUAUUACGACAGAGGAAGUUCAAAAGGCACAUACUUGUUUGAUUCUUCAAGUACAAUUCGAGGCCUUCCAAGAGGAACUCCAGUGUCUUCGCCGCUCGACACGCAUGCCAAGCGAUUCUCCGAUACGUGAUCUCAGCGUCAUCCACGACGACGAUGGAGUGCUAAGAGUUGGAGGAAGGCUCAGUGCAGCAGACUUGUCCUACAACGUGAAGCAUCCUGUUAUCCUACCGUCAAGACAUCCCUUCACAGAGCUAACGAUCAGCGCAACCCACCGCCGUCUCCUGCAUGCAGGCGCACUGGAGACUCUUACCGAAUUGAGGGAAAUGUACUGGAUCGUGCGGGGAAGGCAAAUGGUGAAAAAGGUGCUUAAGAAAUGUAUGACUUGCAACCGUUUCAACAGCCGAGCUGCUACUGAGCCAGUCGCUCCUCUGCCUCGUGAGAGGGUGACACAAGCUCCACCCUUUGAUGUUACCGGUGUAGAUUUUGCUGGCCCACUGAACACAAAGGAUCAAGGAAAUAACCGGAAGUCUUACAUCGUUAUUUUCACAUGUGCAGUGACCAGGGCAAUACACCUUGAAUUGGUGACCGACAUGUCCACCUCAAACUUCCUGAUGGCGUUUCGAAGAUUUAUCUCGAGAAGAGGAGUUUGUCGAGUGAUCUUUUCUGACAACGCCAGGACAUUCCAGCGCGCUUCUAAGGAUCUAAGGCGACUAUGGACUACAAUAAGAGGAGAAGAAAUUCACAACUUCUUCACAAGCCACCAGAUCCGCUGGAAAUUUAUAGCUGAGAAAGCUGCUUGGUGGGGAGGAUUCUGGGAAAGAAUUGUUCGGUCCGUAAAAACAUCGUUGAAGGAGGUAUUGGGAAACAGCUACUGCAACUUCGAGGAGCUCACGACAAUCCUAACUGAAAUCGAAGCUGUCAUCAACUCUAGACCCUUGACCUACGUCUACACGGAGGCGAACGAACCCGAACCGCUAGCACCAUCGCACUUUCUAGUGGGAAAGCGACUGACCACUCUUCCUGACAGUGGCUCCACUACAGAGGUGGCUCAGCCCCCUGGUCAACUCACUCGUCGUUGGCAAUACCGACAAAGGAUGGUCGACCAGUUUUGGCGUCGCUGGCAAAAGGAGUACCUGACGAGUCUCCGAUCAGCACAUUUUGCUGUGCCAAGUUGGUCAAGCGCACUGAAGAAAGGAACUCUCGCUUUAGUCCAUGAACACUAUCUACCGAGGCAACUCUGGAAAACUGGACAAGUGGCAGAAGUCCUUCUCGGACGAGAUGGAAGAAUCAGAGCUUGCAUGGUGCGCACGCCUAAUGGAACCACAUUGAGAAGACCGAUUCAACUGUUGUACCCAAUGGAAUACAUGGACGAAUGA